UCCAAAACAAACCCCAGUAUACUAGGAACCAGUCGCUGUUAUAUCCACAUGCCUUCCAACCAGAUGAGCAAGUCGGAUGCUUCCCGCAUCCAGUCCACCCAAGCCCAAGGUGGAAAAGAUAUGAGCUCUGGUGGCUUCGCUGCUCGAGCUCAAGGAGCUGCCGAUCGCAAUGCCAACGUUGCAGCAUCCAGCACCCGUUCCUCUCAGGGCCCGUCAUCGGGAACCCACCAAAGUGGCCAGCAGUCCACGCCCGGAAAGAGAUGAGCUCAUGAAGUAGCACACGAUGGCACAAUUUCUUAUGGCUGUGAUGUCAUUAUGGCACUUUUUGAUUGGGUUCUGUCUUGAGCACACAUAAAUAUGAAGUUGGUCAUGCCUCGUACGACAGUUGUUGCAGUGUGUUUUUCUCCAAGGGUGUCGUUCUGUUCUUGACGCAUUAGCUGCCAUAAAUCUGCGAACGGAAGCCUGAGAUUGUGAGAAAACUUGCACUUUAAACAGACUGGCAUUCCUGUGACAGCCCUUUUCCUGGUUAAGAAGAGAAGCCCGUAGCAAAAACCUGGUGCUAGGAUGAAGGCAACCCAAGGAGUCGUGGAAAACCAGGGCGGCAUUCACAGUGACGCAUUUGGCAUAGUAGGUGACGUAGAUCUAU